AUGCUCCCUCACGCCCGUGGCAGUGCCCGCCACGAAGUGCUCCGCCAAGCCCUGAUUACGUUGCGCCGGCAGGUCCUGCCCCACAGCCUCCCAGACUUGAGGUCGACAAGCGAGAUGAAGUUCCUCCACCUGCACCAACAUAGGCACAAGUGGGUGCAGGAUCUCAAGGCCCGGGCGUCGCAGGCUGCAGGGAUCUUCCACCAGGUGGCAAGCGCCCUUGCUGAGCUGCACCGCGUUGGGCUGGCGCACCGAGACCUGAAGCCCUCGAACAUCUUGUUCGGGCUCGACGGAGGCGAGAACGAUGACAACCUUCCUUGUGGAGGCGUCCGUCUCUGCGACUUCGGCUUGGCGAAGCUCAUGGAGGAGUCUGGCGACCGGGCAACGUUCCACAGCCCAGGUGUGGGCACGCGCGUCUACGCGAGCCCAGAACAAAGGGAGCUGGGCUCCUACGGCCUCAAGACGGAUAUCUUCUCCUUGGGCAUUAUCCUGGCGGAGAUGCUGUGCCCGGCCCGCGCUCCCAGAGCCUUAAGAUGUACGCGCAGAAAUGGAGCGAGCAACCCUCCUUGA